AACAUCCAUACACUCACUUUACCAUUGAAGAUACAACACUAGAAGUGCCGUUUUCUGUAGAGAGCAGAAAUGCCGGACUCUAACAUGACCAGUCAUGAUGGCUCAGCAUCAUGCUUCGCUUUCCCUGACCCCCUCACCGCUCUAACUUUCUUCAACAGCGAUCUGACGGACUCUGUUCUACUGAGUGAUGAGGGCUUCAUCAGUGACGAUGAUGAUCCUGACGAUGAGUUCUCCGUCCCUUUGACCUAUUUGAUAACAUUUCCUGUUGAGCGAUUUCUUUCACCGCUGCCCGAGUCUAGGAGUACCAGCACGUCGUCGAUGAGCCCAGAACCCAAUUGUAGCUCACAGUACGGUCUAUCUGAAAGCGACCCAGAUAUCGGCAACACAGAAACCCAAAUGAAGUACCCCGAUCAUGACUGCUUGUCCUCAGGCUCCUCUAGUUCCAGUUCUGAAAGCGAUGACGACUCUGACAUCCUCGCGUCCUCUCGUCGUUGUUUCCAGGAGGGCAAUAGCCCAAAUAAGCCACUCAGAACCCAGACGAUUGUGUCACCAACACCAAGACUCAACACGGAAACAUUUUCCGAGCCUGACUCAGAUCUGCCGUUGUAUCAUGUGCACCAACUUGACUGGAAUCAUCCGGUCCAUGUUGGUAAGCUCCGCAAGCGCAGCGACCAACAUAACAGGGAGAUCAAAGCACUCGUUUGGGACACGUACCACAUAUUCAGACCGACGGAUAUCCCUGGGAGCUCUCGGUAUAGAACAGAGCUGAAGGACUGGCGAAGACUACGCCGAGAAUAUAUCAUGAACAAACCAACUGCUCGGCAGCAAGCGCGGAGUCAACGGCUUCUACUAGCGUUGUCGGAUCUGAUUAAGAAAAGAAAUAGCUUCUUUGGCAAGAGACCCUAAGGAGCAGACAGAUGUAAGUAUUGCAAAACACGAAACGUGUAAAAAAUACUUGAUGGCCCAACGUGAGAAAGGUUUGGAGGCGUGGCUUCCGUGAGAAACCGCUGUCUGUUGGUUAUUCUAACGUAUAUACCGAGAUAGGUUGACAUUGGCAUCGCAACCUCAAAGAAAGGGGAUAUAUUCAGUGUCAAACAUCCAAU